CCUCUGGUAAAACGGCGUUGAAACCCGUUCAGUCCUCCACUGCAGCAGACUGUCUUCAUGAUGUCAUCGUAUUAUCAUACGGGGAAAGAGGUGGAUAUGGCGGCGAUGACGGAACCGCUCUGCUUGGAAAGAGAUGUUUGCAGAGUGAUAGAACUGUUGGACAGGCUUCAAAGAAGCGGUGAGCUUCCUCCUCCCAAACUUCAGGCUCUACAGAGAGUUCUACAGAGCAAGUUCUGUGCUGCCAUCAGAGAGGUCUACGAGCAGCUUUAUGAUACGUUGGACAUUGUAGGUGGGCCUGAGGUCCGAGCACAAGCCACUGCCAAGGCCACAGUAGCAGCGUUUGCAGCCAGUGAAGGCCAUGCACACCCAAGAGUGGUUGAACUCCCUAAAACGGACGAGGGGCUUGGGUUCAACAUCAUGGGGGGGAAAGAACAAAAUUCUCCCAUCUACAUAUCCAGGGUCAUCCCAGGAGGUGUUGCUGACCGACAGGGUGGUCUGAAGAGAGGAGAUCAACUGCUCUCUGUAAAUGGAGUGAGUGUGGAGGGAGAACACCAUGAGAAAGCUGUAGAGUUGCUAAAGGCAGCUCAGGGUUCAGUGAAACUGGUGGUGCGUUACACCCCUAAAGUCCUAGAAGAGAUGGAAGCCAGGUUUGAGAAGAUGAGAAGUGCCAGGAGACGCCAACAACAUACCAGCUACUCGUCUUUGGAGUCCAGGGGUUAACCAAUCUUAACUUCUGACUUGGCUGCUGAUCCAUUCUCCCACCCUUUCUGCUCCUGUAGGAUGACAGAAGACCCUGGGGAGAUCAGUGUAGACUACCCUUAGAUAUUUAUGUUAGUGGAACGAUCUCAAAACAUGUAGACCUCAAAUAUACUAUUUUCCCUGGCCAUGCAGAGGGAGAGACUGCAUAGUGCA